AAGAUGAGGCCUGUCUUGUCAUUGCUGGUGCUGCUGUUCUCCAUGUGUGGGGCUCAGACUCGGAGAACCCAGACUGAAGUCCAGACUGAGAGCCAGAGCACUGGGUCUGCUGCUGCUGCUGCUGCGGCUGCUGCUGAAGUCUCUACUACCCAAGUGGACAUCUAUGUUGAGCUGAAGGAACUCAGAGACAUGGUGAUGGAUCUGAGGGCGAUAGUGAGACACAAUCAAGAUGACAUAAAGGUAUUGGAGGCUGUAAACGUGGCAGUGAAAGAGAGGCUAGCGGCCAGUGAGACAGAGGUGGGCAAUCUGAAGAAGGAAACUGCUGCACAAGAGGCAGAGCUGGCAUCAGUGAAAUGCAAACUGGCUGCCACCGAGGAGGAAAAUGCAGCACAACAGGCAGAGCUGACAGAGGUGAAGACCAGAUUGGCAACCGCUGAGACUGAAGUAGGGAAUCUGGAGAAAGAGAUCAAAGCAGCACCCAAGGUGGCAUUCUCAGCAAGUCUUGGUAACUCCGGAUACAUAACCUCUGGGACUAAGGACCUGAACGUGGUUUUCAGUGAAGUCAUCACAAAUGUUGGUCAGGCUUACAAUAGUGUGUCUGGUUUCUUCACAGCUCCAGUUAGUGGUGUCUACUACUUCAGGUUCACUGUUUCAGAUAUUCUACCCACACAAUACAUGCACAUCCAGAUGCAUAAGAAUGGACAGGGACUGAUGUAUCUGGCGGAAUAUAACAAUGAUAGUCAACGCUCAUACCUGUCCAGUGGUCUGACUCUGCAGCUGGAGAAGGGCGAUGCCGUUAACCUUGUGCUCCCAGCAGGCAAUAGACUCCAUGACUCCAAAGGGAGUAACCACAACACCUUCAGCGGGUUCCUGCUCUACCCUCUCUGAACGAGACACCCAGAGGCUGAAACAAGUGUGAGUCAAUGUCACUCCUUUAGUGUUUCCUCCAGCCUCCAACCUGGCUCGGCAACGCAUUGAUUUCUCCACAGGAGAAAGGGCGACACUGAAGUACAAGGCUAGAGGAAUUAACUGGAGGGCUGAUAUUGACUUGCACUCAUACUCUCUCUACCGACUGCAACAGUGUCAGCUCACAGUCUGUAGUGUUCUCCAAUAAUAGAUCAUUUGUUCUCAAUUAGUUGGUGACUGACGAAUAUGCAUGACUGUUAUG